UCUAAAAAGUGUGAAUUCGGUGAUAUCGAAAAUUUAUUUUUGCAUGUGACCCAAGCUACUUCGAAGUUCGAUUCCGGUCAAUUAUUCUGAAAUUUUCUCCCAAUUAUGAUAUAAAAUUGUGAAAAACAUAAACUAGUAUCUGUUCAAAAUGAGUUCCGAUGAUAGCUUACCCGGCGGUUGGGAGAAAAGGAUCAGUAGAUCGACAGGACAGGAGUAUUACCUCAACGUUUACACUAAGCAAAGUCAAUGGGAUAAACCCGAUAAACCAGCUGAAAAUAAUUCCGGAUCCAGUGGCCCUGCUCAAGUUCAGUGUAGUCAUUUACUGGUGAAACAUAGAGACUCUAGAAGACCAUCUUCGUGGAGAGAAGAAAAUAUUACUAGAACUGAAGACGAAGCUCUAAAAUUGGUUUCAGAAUAUCGAGAACAAAUUGUAUCAGGUAAAGCUUCAUUCGCCGAAUUAGCUGCGAAAUAUUCGGAUUGCAGUUCAGCUAGGAAAGGAGGCGAUCUUGGGCCUUUUCCCAGAGGUGCGAUGCAACCUUUAUUCGAAGAUGCUGCGUUUUCUUUGAAAGUUGGAGAAUUGAGUGAUCCAGUUCGAACAGCAUCUGGUGUUCAUAUUAUUUUAAGAACGGCCUAAUCUAUCGUUAAUUUAUUAAUUAUUUAUCAUUUUUAUUCUUUCAAAUUUUUAAUUAUUUAUUCCACUUUCUUUCUUGUUUAAAAAAUUGUUACCGCUUAAGAAAAUUUUUGCAGUUGUCGUGUUAUUAUGUGUAGUGAAUUCCAAUAUUUUCAUGAGUGUUGAUUGAUGCUUCCAUGUAUGUUAGAGUUUUAUAUUUCCGCUUUUCAGUAUACUUACUAAUUUAUUAUGAGAUUUUUUUUGUAAAUUUCAAUGUUUAUCGUAUUUUGGAGCAUUUUAAAAUUUUAAUCGUAUUUUAAAUUUUUAAAUAAAUGUCUGUUAGUAUCA